GAGUGGACCUUGGAAAUGGAUCCCGACGGCCCGCGGUGCUUGUGCGAGGUCCAGCCCGCGGACGUGAACGACCAGCCGCCAGGGCAUAUCGCCCAGAACCUGAUGACGGCUGCAGCUUACGGAGACCAUGCAGACAGGGAGCACACGAUGUCAAUAACAUUUUCGGCGACAGGCGAGUCCAUCAAGAUCAGGGACAUCGCGUCGCGGCACAGGAUGGGGAAGUUCCAGAUCUCACCAGCUUCGCCUGGCGACACUGGCAUUGUCUUCGAGGGUGCUGCUUUUGAGAGCGAGCGGUUUUCGGGGAGGCUGUACUUCAACUUCCUGCAGAUCGCCGUGGCCCUCGGCCUGCAGAACAGCCAUGCUAACGCGAGCGCGUGGUUUCACAAACGCCGCCAGCGCUGGGAGCAGACGUCGCAGAGGUUCGGGGGCAGUGGCUUGUGCCUGAGGCCUUCUGUGCCAUAUGGCCGCCUGCCCGAUGAUGAUACUGACGCAGAGCGGUGCCUGAUGUUUCCUUCCAUUAGUUUGAGGUUUACCGUCUUGCUGACGCUCCGCAGUUUCGCGGCCACCCACACCCGUCACGGCCUUCUGAAGUCUGACUCCAAGGAUGCGUGCGAGAAGGUCUUCAUUGGCCUCAUCGCCAAGCUGCCAGUUGACAUGCAGAUACCCAUUCGACUGGAUCAUAGGUCGUUCAAG